AUGAAUCUAAAAUGCGGACAUCUUAUUGCGAUUAUAUUCGCGUUUGGCGUGUUAGGAGCGAUAAUUUUAAGUUUCUUUACGGUGACACUCUCAAAGAUAGAACCGGUACGAGAUCGUUUGACUGGAUAUCCGACAUGGCAUGGGGUUUAUCAAGGAUUUGAUAGACAGAAAAAUGACACAAUGGGCACUUUCAUAGCUGUUAUAAUGCUCGUGGUUGGUUUGAUUGGCUUGAAACUAGUUCUCAAUCCACCGACAAAGCCCAGCCUUAUCACUAAAUUUUACACCGUUUCCGAUGAUAACCAAGAAAGCGUUAUUUCCGAAGUGUCAACAAUUGGUUUCAAUCGUUCACUUGUAACUUACACUUUGAUUACAUCCAUUACAGCAAUUGCAGGUGUAAUAUUUGAUAUAGGAAAGUUAUGGAGUGCUAUUGGAUUAUUUCAUAACACUAUUGAAAUCAUUAUUUUACUCUUGAUUGGAAGUGGUGGUAGAUUAACAAACGUUUCAUAUUUUGUGUGGAUGCUAAUUUAUAUCGUAUCCGUUGCCGGUAUUUGCAUCUUUAGUAAUUUUCCGAUAGAUGCUCUCUUUUUUAAAAUUCAAGGAUUAUGCAUGGAUUAUGCUUUGGUUAUUGAGUUUGUGCGCAUCUAUAUUAGUACAAAGAAUCACCAAGAUGCAGGAAAAGAUGAACUUCCAUUAGAUAAUGAUGAUUAUAAUGAUAAUCAAAGUAAAUUAUUGCCAAUUACAUUUAAUCAUCACAAUAGUAUCAUCUUUUUGAUACUUGCAUCAAGCGCACACGUUUUCG